UUCUGGGUUGCACUCCAAACUAUGCGGCCACGGUCCAAACUGCUGUCCAAGAGAAGACUCAUGCUGCCCACCAUCACGGAGGGCAACGAGGAGACAGUUAAGGAGCUGAAUGGAGUCAACGCACUUCACAACGGCGAUCAGAGCCAGGCUGUUUCCUCAGAGGACUACCUCCUUUCCAUCUGCCACCUGGCCUGCCCAACCAGAGACGUUUCCCCCGACAAUCUCCACACACAGCAGCCCAACGCGGUCCUGCGGAAGCUGAGGCCAUCCCAGCUCAUCAGGACCACGUUAACAACUUUUGAUUUUAACCUGAAAGAGGAGGCUCAGGUGACUCUGGAGGAGCAGGCAUCUUUGAUGGGCGGCAACUCCGACCCUCUGGAGUAUCUUUACGGACACCAGAACAACAUUUCAAUGCUCUCAGGAAGUGUGAGGAGGAGGUUUGGAAGGCAGCAUGGAGGAGCAAACGUCGCUGAGUCAGGUUCAGAUUUCCCCUGCCAGCACAGAAGCAGCCACUCCGAGACACAGGCAAAUGCUUCUGCCCUAAAUGUCCCCCCAAAACACAAUAUAUCCAUGUCAGAGGUUGGGAAAGUUUGCCAAGAAGGCCAAGGAGCAGAAGGGGAGAGACAGAAUCCGGAAAUCAAACAGUCUCUUAUUUCCCAGUGGAUUUCUGACUGCAGGUCAGCUUGGAGGGAGGCUCGUGCAAGAGCGUGUGUGCUGCCGGCCAUCGCUGAGGUUUAGGCGUGGCCAAGUCCGCCAAUCAGACAUUCUCCUAAACAUUUUCUUUACCAUCAAUGUAUGACACAUGGAUUAGAAAAUGCAGAAAACAUACAGCGUACCUACUUGUAUGAUUGAGUUUUAUCAGGGCUCAUUUUUUCUAUAAUGUUCUUGUUGUUCUUCAUGUUUGCUGUUGAUCCUAUUGAGCCAAAAAAAAAAAAAACUGGGCAAAUUUGCAGCAACUGUUUUAGAGCUUCUAGUGAUUUGUGACUCGUGCAAGCACUAAUAAAUCCAUCUUUUGAUACAU